AUGUCUGUGGAUUGGGUGGGAUAUGGAUACGCAGCCCUGGUGGCUUCAGGGGGUGUUUUCGGCUAUGUGAAAGCAGGCAGUGUCCCGUCCCUAGCUGCCGGCCUUCUUUUUGGAGGACUCGCCGGUGUCGGUGCUUAUCAGAUCUCCAAUGAUCCCAGUAAUAUUUGGCUGUCUCUCGCUACAUCAGGUGCACUGACAGGUGUCAUGGGAAAAAGGUUCUAUGGCUCCAGGAAGUUCAUGCCUGCUGGUCUAAUGGCGGGUGCGAGUCUUUUGAUGGUGGGGAAACUCGGCAUGACGCUGCUCAACAAACCGCAACAGUCCUCAUGA